GCUGCGGUGCGGACGACGUUCGAGAGCUAAGCGCUUUGGGAUUCAAGAUACGAGAAUCGAUUCGUGACAACCUAACUGAAAACGCAACCGAAAGAUACGGGGAACUUCGAUUUUGCUACGUUUGUGGUUUGGCAGCGUCGUUUGUUUUUCGGUUUCGGUUUUUCGGCUGCCCGUGGCUAAACUUGAAAUUAAAGCUGAUUCGACGAAGCCAGAUACAAGAUACAUAGGCAGAUGCAUGCUCUGUGCUAAGCUACAGAUAGACAACAGUGAAGUGAGAUACAAGUGGCUAGAUAAAUCGCGAGCCCGCGUCGAGAUACUUUAUUUAUAUUGUCCUGGAUUAAAUAUAUCUAAAAACAUCUCGAUUGUGGCCGUCAACAUGUCGUGCUAAGCGGCGACUGGGACUGCUCCAGCUCAAAUUAAAUCAACUCAACCCAGAUCACAGAUCAGAUCAACGAGAUCCCGACGAUCCGAAGAUGCUGGACAAGACGACAAGCUCCUCCGUGUCGGUUUCCACCUCCUGCUGCAGUUCGAAUGCCACCAAUGUGGACCUGGACUACGAUGUGCCAGUCUCGCGCCGCAUCCUCAUCAAAUCGAAACUUUAUGCCAAGGCCAUUUACGAUAAUUAUGCAGACACUCCCGACGAGCUAGCCUUCAAGAAGGGCGACAUCCUCACCGUCAUCGAACAGGAUACGGAGGGCAUCCAGGGAUGGUGGCUCUGCACCCUGCGCAACCGACAGGGUCUUUGCCCGGGCAACCGGUUGCGCGUCUUGAACUCGUACGACUCGGGAUGCUUCUCGCCGUCGCCGGCCAGCUCCCCAAUCCCGUCGCUGGCGGCCAGUACCGCCACGCUAAACAGCUCCAUCUGCUCGGCGGAGAUCUACGAGAACGGAUCCAUCAUCAGCGCGGCCUCGUCCUCGAACUCGAACUCGGGCGGCGUGAUCAGUGGCCCGGGAACGGAGUCAUCGUCGGCGUCCCGCGGCACGAGAAGAUCUUGGCACGUCUCGCCGAACAAGGUAAUCACGCCGCAGAGACACGGUGAUGUCUACAUCUAUAACUGCUCGCCAGGAUCAGCGACUGGACUUGGGACGGGAGCAACUGGAAGCACGCCACAACAGCAGAUCUACAGCAACCAAAGCAUCUACCAGAACCUAGCCAUGAUGUCCGGUCUACACCAGAACGGAAACGGCAGUGAGUUCGAGACCUACGAUAUCCCCAAACCCGCAACACCCGUGCCGCUGAACUACGACAGGAGCGGUCCACAGAGAACACCCACUUCAAGUUCCAGCCUGGGCGCUCGCUUCGAGUCACUCAAGAGCGUUGCAGCCUCCAUCGAGGAGGAAUCUUACGAUGUGCCACGACCCCUGAUCUCCGGCGGCAGCAUGCUCCAGCAGCAGAUGACCCAGAUGACGCCAAGCAGCUCCGCCUCCUCGCUGCUGACCAGUGACAGCCUGUCGCUGAGCUUCUCCAGCUCUAACCGCUCCUCGCUGGCCAACAUGCCGGACUACGACAUCCCACGCCGCAACCCGCUGCCUGUGCGCCGCCAGCAGAGCGGGCUGGCGUACGACUUCCCGCUGCCACCUCUGCAGGAGCAGGAGCAGCGCAUGGACCCCACUCCCGCAAUAGUCCCCGCUCCCAAAGAACUGCCAUUGGAGCUGAGCUCAGCGUUGGAAACGCUGGCCAAGCUGCAGCUGCAGACGACUACCGCCAUCAGCCGGCUACUGAGCUUUGUGGUGCCGAACUGGCGUACCCGCGCCCAAUUGGAGCCAGCCAUCAUGGAGCUAAAGCUGGCAGCCCUACGCCUGCGGACCGCCCUCCACGACCUGGCCGAGUUCGGGGAGGGAACCCUGGGCAACGCCACGCGAUCCGAGGACCGCAACCUGGCCCUCAAGCUGCGCCCCUUAGUGCGGGCUCUGCGGGACGCCAACAAGCUGAUUCACGACUCCUCCGAAUCCCUCGACGCCCAGGGCGGCUGGUCUGUGGAACAACUGGCCCGGAGGGACGACAAGCACGGCUGCCGCCCGCCGGACGCAUUGGACCAACUGAUGGCCUGUGCCCAGACCCUCACCGAGGACGUGCGCUCCACCACCAGUUUCAUCCAGGGCAACGCCUCGCUGCUCUUUAAGCGCCAGCUGGUGGCGGACCACAAUGGAGCACCUGUGACCGGACCUGUCGAGGGCAGUCGCGGCAGCGCAGAGUGGCUAGAGGACUACGACUACGUGGCCUUCGAGUCAAAGGACGCGGCCGCCAGAAAGAACCAGGCGCUCCGUGACGCCAUUCCCGUCGGCCUGAAGUCGCAGUUUGACACUGUUAUCCGCACAGCCGAGAGCACGGCAAUGGGUGGCGGUUCCGGAUCGGUUCCCACUACGCCCACGGCUCCCACGGUUCUCACUACGCCCUGCAAGUCUCCAGACAUGACCGACAAGGACAAGAAGCUGGUGCGCUACUACGCCCAGCAGAUCUCCACGCACAUGGGCAACCUAAUGCAGGCCAUCGAUUCCUUCCUGGAGACGGUGGAGAAGAACCAGCCGCCCAAGUUCUUCAUCGCCUACGGCAAGUUCGUAGUGGUGAGCGCUCACAACCUGGUGACCAUCGGCGACAACGUCCACCGCAAUAUCUCGAAGGAGGCGCUGCGCGAGAAGAUACUGCGCUGCACCAAUGGUCUCUCGGACGCCCUAAAGACAUGCGUCUCCAAGUCGAAGAAGGCGGCGGCGCACUUCCCCAGCGGCAGUGCGGUCCAGGAGAUGGUCAACUCGGUGGUCCACAUCAGCAGCCUGGCCCGGGAACUCAAGGCGGUCAUGCUGCAGGCGGUCCACCUGUCGGCGGCGGCCGGAGUGGGCGCCUGAAGAGAUUUCCUUACCGAUCCGGAAAGGCACUAGCCCCACUCGAUCUAACCCAGGCCCAGUAUUAGCUGAGAGGCGUGCAGCCAAGUCUUCCAGCUUCGUCCACGCUUUGGCAGAUGUACGACAUACUGAAUAUCUGAAAUUGGCAUAUCCCCAGCUAGCAGCGCUUAUAUUUUGCAUUGUGAUAUUUUUGAGCAAAACAUCUGAAAAUGCACAGCACCGCAGCCAAGAUCGCCCGAUCCCCGCCAGACCCAUGCCAUUCUGUCAGAGUCUGUCGCGUAGCCUAAGUUCGAUUCUGUAAAUAGCAUGCUCAUUCUAGCCCCAGACUAUUGUAAAUUAGCAUAUUCCCACACUCCCCGCCAUGCGAACAUGCAAUGUUGUAUCAGUAAAGCAUUUGAGCGUAGUUUUGUAUACCAUAGGAUUAGUAUUACCACAUAACCGUCUGCGUAGAGUUAGGCACGCAUAUAUAGUACUUGCAUAGUCAGAAUCUGAAAGAUUUACACUCAACAUUUAGCAUUGCGACCCGGCAACAAUAGUCAGCAAUAUACGAAAAUACACACAUAAAUUAUAAACUACUAAGUAAAAGUAUGUACCAAUAUGAACAUUAUAGGCACCACGAGACCAGCCCGAGCGCAACGUGGAAUAAAAUUACAAUAAACCUAA